AUGUUAGCGCAAGAAGGUGAUGACAAGAACGAGAGAGCCAUGUAUUACUUGAGCAAGAUAUUCCAUGACUAUAAGACUAGGUACACACCCAUUAAGAAAUCAUGCUUCGCUCUUGUAUGGGAUGUACAGAAAUUGAGACAUAUCAUCCUACCAUUCCAAGUAUGGAUAGUUGCCAGAAUGAAACCCUUGAAGUACUUAUUUAAGAAGCCUUCCUUAAGCGGAAGAUUUUCAAGAUGGUUGAUCCUAUUGGAUAAAUUUAACUUGAAAUAUGUGGCUAGAAAAACCAUUAAGGGAAGUGCCAUGUCAGAUUUUUGUGCCAAGAACCCUAUAGAAGGAGAAAGUGUUAGAAAGAAUUUCCCAAACGAGGACACUUUGGAUAUAGAACUAGAGGCAUGGAAGCUGUAUUUUGAUGGAGCCGUGAACCAAUAUGGAAAUGGGAUAGGAGUUCUCUUGAUUACCCCCGAUGGAUCUCAUAUGCCUUUGGCCAUCAAGUUGAACUUUGAAGCAACCAAUAACAUGGUAGAAUACGAGGCUUGUAUCACCGGAAUGGAAGCCCUACGAGAGCUAGGGGUAAAAGAAGCCGAGGUCUUUAGGGAUUCAAUGUUGGUCAUAGCCCAAGCACAAAAAUUACGAAAGGUGCAGGGAGAACACUUAAAGCCUUACUGA